CUUUUUUCGUGAAGGAGGCUUCCGCGGGCCGGGGACGUUUCACGACAGGGGGAGGUGCUGUACGUCCAAGAUGGCGGCGCCCUGUAGUCUGGAGGGACUGUGAGUGACCAUGAAAGACACCAGGUUGACAGCACUGGAAACUGAAUUACCAAUUGUCCCCAGAACAGUCUGGUAGCAGCACCAAUGAAGAGCCUUCAGAGUCUUUAACGAACGUCCUGGACCCUGCACAGCACGUCCGUGUAGGAAAAUGGCCCAACAAGCCAAUAUUGGGGAGCUGCUCUCCAUGCUGGACUCCCCGGUGCUGAGUGUGCGUGAUGAUGUCACGGCCGUCUUUAAAGAGAACCUCAAUUCUGACCGUGGUCCGAUGCUUGUGAACACCUUGGUGGAUUAUUACCUGGAAACCAGUUCUCAGCAAGUAUUGCACAUCCUGACUACCUUGCAAGAGCCACAUGAUAAGCACCUCUUGGACAAAAUGAAUGAAUAUGUGGGCAAAGCCGCCUCUCGGUUAUCCACCCUCUCGUUACUGGGCCACGUCAUCCGGCUGCAGCCACCCUGGAAGCAUAAGCUCUCUCAAGCACCUCUUUUGCCUUCUCUACUAAAAUGUCUCAAGAUGGACACGGAUGUCAUCGUCCUCACAACGGGCGUCUUAGUGUUGAUAACCAUGCUACCAAUGAUUCCACAGUCAGGGAAACAGCACCUUCACGAUUUCUUUGAUAUUUUUGGCCGUCUCUCAUCAUGGUGUCUAAAGAAACCAGGCCACGUGGCGGAAAUCUACCUUGUCCAUCUCCACACCAGUGUUUAUGCUCUCUUUCAUCGCCUCUACGGAAUGUACCCUUGCAACUUUGUCUCCUUUCUACGUUCCCACUACAGCAUGAAGGAGAACCUGGAGACCUUUGAGGAAGUGGUCAAGCCAAUGAUGGAGCAUGUGCGGAUUCACCCGGAACUAGUGACUGGAUCCAAGGACCAUGAACUGGACCCUCGGAGGUGGAAGAAAUUAGAAACCCAUGAUGUGGUAAUUGAGUGUGCCAAAAUCUCUCUGGACCCUACGGAAGCCUCCUAUGAAGACGGCUAUUCUGUGUCUCAUCAGAAUGCAGCCCGCUUUCCUCCUCGCUCAGCCGACGCCACCACAAGCCCUUAUGUGGACGCACAGAAUAGCUAUGGGAGCAUGACCUCCACCCCUCACUCCGCUUCCCGGCCAACAUUGUCCAGCACACCAGGGCAGCUACCUCCGACUCUGAGUUCCCCUGCGACACGGCUGUCAGCUGAGCCGCCACAAGCCACUCUCUGGAGCCCAUCUGUGGUUUGUGGCAUGACCACUCCUCCCACGUCUCCUGGAAACGUCCCAUCUGAUUCAUCCCAACCUUACAGUAAAGUCUUUGGUACAUCUGGUGGAAAAGGAACUCCCUCGGGAACCCCAGCAACCUCCCCUCCUCCAGCCCCACCCUGCCAUUCGGAUGACUGCGUGCACGUUCCACUCCCACAGCCCACAGCCACGCCCCCCAGGAAGGAGGAGAGAAUGGAAUCGGCCAGGCCCUGUCUGCACAGACAACACCAUAUCCCCAGCGACCGAGGACUAGAAGAACUCCCUGCCAGCAAGGGUUCCGUCACUCUCAGUGAUCUUCCAGGGUUCUUAGGCGACCUGGCCUCUGAAGAAGACAGCAUUGAGAAAGAUAAAGAGGAAGCGGCAAUAUCUAAAGAACUUUCUGAGAUCACGACGGCUGACGCUGAGCCUCUGGUUCCUCGAGGAGGCUUUGACUCUCCCUUCUACCAAGAUAGCUUCCUGGGCUGUCCGAGGAAGACCCCGUCAGCCGUCUCCAGCGCUCAGGGCGCCAGUGUGCACCCCGAGCCUCUGAACUCCUCGCUGGACAAGCCUGGGCCUGACACACCAAAGCAAGCCUUUACUCCCAUAGAGCUGCCCUGUGGGGGCGCCGACGAGAGCCCUGCCGGGAGCAGGGAGCGCCAGACGCCUCUGGAGACCAGCAUCCUCACUCCCAGCCCUUGCAAAAUUCCUUCUCAGAGAGGCGUGGGCUUUGGAAGUAGGCAGCCUCCCCCCUACGAUCAUCUUUUCGAGGUGGCAUUGCCAAAGACUGCCCAUCAUUUUGUCAGCAAGAAGACUGAGGAACUAUUAAAGAAAGCACCAGGAAAUGUAGAGGAAGACUGCACACCCUCUGCCUCCCCGCUGGAGGUACUGGACAGGCUGAUCCAGCAGGGUGCUGAUGCACACAGCAAAGAGCUGAGCAGGUUGUCUUUACCCAGCAAGUCUGUCGACUGGACCCACUUUGGAGGCUCUCCUCCCUCAGAUGAGAUCCGCACCCUCCGUAACCAGUUGCUUUUACUGCACAACCAGUUGCUCUAUGAGCGUUUUAAAAGGCAGCAGCAUGCUGUCCGGAACAGGCGUCUCCUCCGCAGGGUGAUCAGAGCAGCGGCUCUGGAGGAGCACAACGCUGCGAUGAAAGACCAGUUGAAGUUACAAGAGAAAGACAUCCAGAUAUGGAAGGUUAGUCUGCAGAAAGAACAGGCCAGAUACAGCCAGCUCCAGGAGCAGCGAGACACGGUGGUCACCCAGCUGCACAGCCAGAUCAGACAGCUGCAGCAUGACCGUGAAGAGUUCUACAACCAGAGCCAGGAACUGCAGACAAAACUGGAGGACUUCAGGAACAUGGUGGCAGAGCUGCGCCUGGAACUGAAGAAGGCCAACAGCAAGGUGUGCCACACAGAGCUGCUGCUCAGCCAGGUGUCUCAGAAGCUCUCAAACAGUGAGUCAGUCCAACAGCAGAUGGAGUUUCUGAACAGGCAGCUGCUGGUUCUCGGGGAGGUCAACGAGCUGUAUUUGGAGCAACUGCAGAACAAGCAUUCAGACACAACAAAGGAAGUGGAAAUGAUGAAAGCUGCAUAUCGGAAAGAACUCGAAAAACACAGAAGCCAUGUGCUCCAGCAGAAUCAGAGGCUUGACACCUCUCAGAAACGGAUUUUGGAACUGGAAUCUCAACUGGCCAAGAAAGACCACCUUCUUUUGGAACAGAAGAAAUAUUUAGAGGAUGUCAAACUCCAAGCAAGAGGACAGCUGCAGGCCGCAGAGAGCAGGUAUGAGGCUCAGAAACGCAUCACCCAGGUGUUUGAGUUGGAGAUCUUAGACUUAUAUGGCAGGCUGGAGAAAGAUGGCCUCCUGAAAAACCUUGAAGAUGAGAAAACAGAAGCAGCGGAAGCGGCAGAAGAAAGGCUUGACUGUUAUAAUGACAGCUGCUCGGAUUCUGUGGCAGGGCACAGUGAGGAGGCAUCUGGCCACAACGGUGAGACCAAGCCCCCCAGACCGGGCAGCACCCGAGGUGGGGGUGGAAGCAGAGGCGGCGGGGGCAGCAGCAGCAGCAGCAGCAGCCAGCUCUCCACCCCUGAGAAGCCCCCGAACCAGAGGGCAGGCCCGUUCAGCAGUCGGUGGGAAACUACCGUGGGCGAGCCCUCCACCAGCAUCCCCACGACGGUUGGCUCACUUCCUAGUUCAAAAAGCUUCCUGGGCAUGAAGGCUCGAGAGUUAUUUCGUAAUAAGAGUGAGAGCCAGUGUGAUGAGGAUGGCGUGACCAUCAGCAGCCUUUCUGAGACUCUAAAGACAGAACUGGGCAAAGACGCGGGCGUGGAAGCCAAGACUCCCCUGAGCCCCGACGGCCCACACCCAUCUCCCCCGAACCUGGACAGUGUUGGACAGCUGCGUAUCAUGGACUACAACGAGACUCAUCAGGAACACAGCUAAGGGUGGUGGCCAAUCAGUGUUAACUUGCGUGCUGCUGGCAUAGACCAGGAGGUGUGGUGCCGUUUCCAAGCUUUCCUAUUCCCAGGGUUUGAGUGGCUGGCUCACGCGGCAGAAGUGGGAUGGAAGGAGGUCCUUUUGACAACUUCCUGAAUGUGGAACGGUUUUUGGAUCUGGCAUUGAAAUGCCUCCUCCCCCCCGCCAUUGACUUAGCAGUGUGUACUAACCGAGGGCCAGUUUGCAUUCCUCAGUAGCUUUAUUUUCUUCCCCUGCCCCUCCAAGGUUGUGUCCUUUGAACCAGUGCAAUAUGAGGCCAAAUUUCUCUGAGUCUAACACACCACUCUCUGCUCCCUAAAGUUCAGAUAGCUGGGCUGGCUCCCGUUAGCCAGGUGACAGGUGGCACGCAAGUAAUCUGUUGGCCCUCUCAGAGGAGGUAGCAUGCUAAGCUGACAUCUCAUGAAUACUUUUACAGGAGACUUUUUCGCUGCUUUUGGUUCUGAGGUUCAGCAUCUAAAGCAGUGGGUUAGAAAAUGAUGGGUCGGUCACCCUUACAUUCUUCUGGCGGCUCUGAUAAGCUUCCUAAGAAGUUCUCGUGAACAGAGGCCUGUUGUUGGAAAAGUCUGGAGCUGGCACUGUGGAGACAUAGUCCCUUUUGUGAAUGCUCUGUCCCCUCCCCACUACCUCUUAUUUAUUUGGUGUUUGCUCGAAAGCUGGUACUGGUCUGACCACAGGCUGGUGUGUGGAGUAAACCUGCUGUCUGCAGAACGGAAGGGCUGUGAUGUGGGCAAUUACCCGAGAAACACGUGUGGGCAAGGAGCUGCCCUCCGGGCAGGGCUGUGCUGGCCGAGCCUGAGGUAGCUGUCUGCGUGUUCCCUGUGUGUCCCGGGUGCCUCUGUGUCAGCUUCGUGGUGUUCCAGCAGGACGACUCUGACGGGCCGCAGAGUUUUUUCAAAGCUUAGUGACCAUUGUUUCUCAGGCUUCAGAGUUGCCUCACUAAAGUAGGUUCUAGGCCACCAAAAAGGUAACAGCUUUUUACACCAAUUCUGACUUUGAGGGCCCUGCUGCCCUCCCACAUGUUGGUGAUGGCAGAGCAUCUCCUAUCAGGGUCCUGGUGAGUUCUGUCAGAGGCUGGCUGCUGGGGACCCAUGGGUGUCGCACAUGUGUGCUCAGGAAAGGUGACACCAGCUGCAACACUGGUGGUGGCAGAGAACCAAACUCCACAGAUGCUCCUGAAAUAAACGCUAGAAGCCUAA